GGGACCAGCACCAGCAGCGACAAGCUGUGUAAUAAAGUUUGCCCGCCCCCAAAUAGAACACCUAUUAUUUGCCUGUUGACAGUAACCACUCAAGCGAAUUAUUGCCAACUCAUCAGCAUAUGCUUCUGAAAUCAACCCCUGGGACAUCAGGACAUUCGAAACGUAAUCGUUUUCGAUUUUAAUAGGCCGCCGCACAUAUACAAUUGGAUGACUGUAUGACGAGUGUACUCUUCCCACUUGAAAUAUGAAACCUGGACAAGCAAUUGAAGUGAAAGUUUGAGGCACUCCCUCUGUAAACAAACCACUCAAAUUAAUUAGGGAUAAUUGAAUUCACGUUGCAAAUGCGCUUUGCUACUUUAAUUGUUAAGGUUUCCAGAUUUACUUAUCUUCCUUACGAAUUAAUCGACUAUUAGAUACCCGGAAUAUAUGCAUGCAGAAAAACGACUGUUUACGAUAUGGCACACUAACUUAUAACUUUUUACUGAAUGGUCCGAUUUAAGCUUAUAGAAAAAAAGGGUAUAUUAGAUUCGUAGGAAAGUAUGUAACAGGUAGGAGGAUGCGUUUCCGACCCUAUGAAGUAUAUAUAUGAUUGAUAAGGUUCACUAGCCGAGUCGAUCUAGUCAUGUCCGUCUGUCCGUCUGUCUGUCCGUCCGUAUGAACGCUGAGAUCUCGGAAACAAUAAUAGCUAUUAUGUUGUGAUUAGGCUGCCGAUUCUUGGGCUUCCUGGCAGCGCAAGUUUUUUCAUUGGAGGGUUACUCUAACGCCCACAAACGCACCUAACCCUAAAUCUGUGUGUCUGGCGCCGAUAUUUACACCCGAUACUGGUAGAGUUAAAGGGUGUACUAGAUUCGUCAGAAACAGUUAGAAGCAAGCGUUUCCGACGCAGAAUCUACAGGUUCUGGGAGAGCGCAUGUUAAUUUCAGCAGGGUACCACGCCCAACUCCCUCAAAAGCCCAUAUGCUCAAUAUCUACACCCAGAAAAAAUCAACGUUUUUCAAAAAAAGUUUGACACGCCCACUCUAACGCCCAUGACGCUUAAAUCUGUUUACCGCCCACAUAAUAUAUUGAGAUCGCGGCUGAGUAACGGGUACCUAAUAGUCGAGGUACUCGACUUUACCGUUCUUUCUUGUUUUUGACUGAUCUGCCGCGGUCACAUUGACAUUCGACGAAAAGUUUUUAUAUAAAAGUGGGACAUUUUGCGCUGUUUACUUGAUUUUCCCAAUGGUUAGUAUCUCAAAUCCAAUUGUAUUUACUUGAUGUUUUUCUAAUUCGAAUUCAUUUACUUCUUGGACACGGCAACGUGCUUUUCGGUGGCUGGACAACACACUUUGCACAAAUGGCUUUGAUCUCACCACUUUGCUGGGAGACAUAAGUAUAUCAAAGACAGGAGAAGCACUCCCUGGCGAUGUUGUAAACCUACAUGAGUGGUCCGAGUUCAGAAUGAUCGGCAAUACAUUGCUAAGUCCUCAAUAUAUCUUUGUUAUGGACCCGAAAUAUAUUGAAAAUAAAUAAUUUAUAAAAGAAGCAAUAAGCAUUAGAGUAGGUAGAGUCUCUUCCUCAUAAUAUCUGGAUCGUGUGUUCGAGUCCUGCUUAUUAAGCUGGAGUGUUUUUAAGUCUACUGAUGUUCUCCUACGAAAGUAAUUCUUCGACAACCUAAUGGUUAGAGUGCUCGACUCCAAUGAUUACGGCACGUUCGAUUCGCAGCGCGGACAGGAAAGCAGAACAUUUUUUAAAUGGCUUUAGCUGAAAGUCUUCAAAUUACUUCUGUGUCGGUGGCUCCCUUUAAAGGAAUGGAAAACAACACAUCGUCUCAGAGGUCAAAUCACGUAAGCUCCGUUUUGCUGUACGGAGUGCCGAUUGUGUCACUGUUCAUCGAAGGCCAGGAGCGCCUCUGCUUGGCGCAAAUCUCGAAUACUUUACUGAAGCAGUUCAGUUACAACGAGAUACACAACAGAAGGGUUGCGCUUGGCAUUACUUGUGUACAAUGUACACCCGUCCAGCUGGAAAUAUUAAGAAGAGCUGGCGCCAUGCCAGUGAGUUCACGCCGAUGCGGAAUGAUAACCCGAAGGGAAGCGGAGCGACUCUGCAAGAGUUUUCUGGGCGACAACACACCACCACGACUACCCGACGACUUCGCCUUCAACGUCCAGCACAAAUGUGCUUGGGGCUGUCGCGGAUCCUUUUUACCUUCUCGCUACAACUCGUCCAGGGCCAAAUGCAUCAAGUGCUCAUAUUGUGGAAUGUUUUUUUCGCCAAAUAAGUUUAUUUUUCACUCACACCGCAUAACGACCAAUGACAGGUAUGUUCAGCCCGAUGCGGCAAACUUCAAUUCCUGGCGUCGGCACAUGACACUGAGUGGGAAUGCAUACGACGAGAAGAUAAUCCACGCGUGGGAAGAUGUCAAAGCCAUGUUCAAUGGCGGCACACGAAAGCGGCUUGUAAGCAGCAGCAUUAAUAAUCGAAACAUAGGCUCGCCAACGCCAUCGGCGGCCGUCAGUUCCUGUGGAUCCCCAACGAGUCUAGAGAGAGACGCCAAGGAAGGCGAGGGGGACUCGGAGUCCCCGGAGUUCCCUCAACGACAGCUUGAUAGCCAGUACAACUAUAGUACUGUAGCCACAGCCGCCGCUGUGGUUGGCGUAACGGCGGUAGCAGCCGCAACUGUCGGUGUUCCUUUCAACUUGCAUGGCUCUACCGUCCUGUCACCUUUGCACUCGCUUCGGAAUGAACGGGACCUUUCCCUAAUGCCAAUUUCCAGAAACUUUGUAGUGGACUACAUGUGGCAGCAGAAGGAUCAACACUACCAGCAUCAGUAUUCAAAGAAACUCAGUGGCGGUGAUCCAAGCGAACAAAGCCUGGACUUCGAGUCCUGCUCCCGAGCAUGGGUUAGACCCGACACGAAUGUUCCAAUACCGACUGGAAAUUCAGUUCGACUUUCGGAUAAUACUUCUUUUAAUAUAAAAAACGAGUCACACUCAUCUAUAUGUGGCAUUAUCAAAAACCGUAAGCUAUCUGCGGCUACGAACAGCGGGUUAAGCCUCUCCGAUUAUAACAUUCCUUCGAUUCUUAACUGCUCUGCAUUUAAACCAGUCGUCGCUUCGACAGCAAUUGUGUCAACCUCCCUAUAUACGAGAUCCAGUGACUCAAAACGAGCUGAUUAUAUUCACCCAACACAAUCUACAAGAACUACAACAGUUUUAACUCAUAACAGUAUUUCAGGUUCCUCGCACCAGAUAGUAGGUCAUGAGACCUUUUCGCCAAUUUUAGAGAAAGUUGCAUCUAAUAUUGAAAAAAAGCCAACUGAAUCUGUUUUAGUCAACAGUGUACCCAGGAGUGUUAUUGAUAACGACGAUGAUGACGAAGUAGUGGAUAUCGAGACAACGGAAGAUGAAGGUAAAUUCAUAGUUCAACACGUUGACGCCCCUCGUACGCCACCCGACAUUGUGUUUGAAAGCCAAAGUACCAGCAUUUCUCCGUCAACAAGUACAAAUAUUGAUGUAGAAGCAGACGUCGAUGUAGAUGUCAUUUCAACAGACGCUGAAGAUCAACUAGAGUUUAAUGCCAGUAGAUGCUCAAUCGAAAAUACAAGUCACACUCUAUCAGUUUUUCAAACUGAAAAAAUACGAGUGUCUGGUUCACCUCCGAAUUCAAAAACCAUGUUAGGCGAUAAUGAAGUAACAAUUUCGGAGGACGCGAAAGGAUUUAAUGCUCAUUUAAAAAUUAUAACUCGUCGAAAAAAUGAUAAAAUGCAGCAGGAUCGAUGUCUUUCCAAAAAGACAGUCUCAAAACUGGUUGGCGAUAAAUCGCUUUCCAAGUCUUUAGCUGCUAAAGAAGUGUCUUCUAACUUGCAAAUACAGCAGCGUGUUGCCUUUCCAGUAUUUUUAAAGUCACACUUGCACGCUUUUCGUCCACAACCAUCUCGACAACCGACCUUCAGCCCUAACACUCUGACAGAGUCCAACAAAUGGAAUUAUCCAGUCGGUAGCAUUGGACCUUUAUGUUGUUAUGAAACUUCCGCAAAUGACAAAUGUCUAGAUUUUAAGUAACUUUAUAUAAAAUAUUGAAUAAUUAUAACAAUUUCUAGCAACUUUUUGAAUGCAUUAUUUAAACUUUCACGCGAGUGCUCACGAUAAGAAUUGGAUCGAGAAAAAUAAUUUUCUAGAGUACUGCAAAGAUUAUAUGUUU